AUGCCUCCCAAAAGGAACAUCGUCAUUCUAGACAAUGGGGCCUCGACCAUCAAGGCCGGUGUCCUCGGCGUCCACGACAAGCAGCCACGAGUCAUUUCGAACGCAGUCGUCCGAGAGAAGGGCGACAAGGCCACGUAUGUCGGCCAUGAACUUACCCAGUGCCAGGAUUUCACGUCCCUACGCUUUCGUCUCCCGUUCGAGAAGGGUUUCCUCGUCGAUUGGGAUGCCCAAAAAGCCAUUUGGGACGGAUUGCUCUCCAACGAAGUCAAUACAUCGGAAUCUUCUCUGCUCAUCACAGAACCUUACUUCAACCUGCCGAAUGUCCAAGACGUCUAUGACCAAUUUGUCUUUGAGGAGUACGACUUCCGAUCGUACUACAGAUGCACUCCUGCAUCCCUUAUCCCGUAUGGUCGCCUUCUGGCACAGCCAAAGCUGCCAGCGCCGGAGUGCGUCCUGGUUAUCGAUUCAGGGUUCAGCUUCACCCAUGUCGUGCCGGUGCUCAAGGGAACGGUGGUUUGGGAGGCCGUCAAAAGGAUCGACGUCGGUGGCAAGCUUUUGACGAACCAUCUGAAAGAGACCGUAUCAUAUCGUCAAUGGAACAUGAUGGAGGAGACCCACAUCAUGAACGAAAUCAAAGAGGCUUGUUGCUUUGUAUCCGAAAAUUUGCGCGGGACCUUGAAACAUGCCAGUACCGCACAGCCCACAAAAAACCACAUUGUACAGGAGUACGUUUUUCCAGACUACUCCGCCCACAAGCCGGGACGCAUACGGCAACCAGGCGAGGCUUUAUCCGAUGCCGUGCAAACCUUGGUUAUGAACAACGAGCGGUUCACGGUUCCAGAAAUCCUCUUCCAUCCGACGGACAUCGGUCUAGGACAAACCGGGCUCAGUGGAACGGUGGCGUCGAGCAUAGCGCUCUUACCGGAGGAUCUGCAAGGACUCUUUUGGGCCAACAUCGCGCUCGUUGGCGGGAACACCGCCCUGCCCGGGUUCCGCAAUAGACUGAUGGCCGAGCUGCGCGCCCUCGCGCCCGUCGAUUGCGAGGUUGUCGCGUUCGCGUCAGACGAGCCUACCCUGGAGGCGUACCGCGCGGCGGUCGCGUUCGCGCGGCGCCCAGAGUUCGCCCAGUGCGUCGUGACGCGCGAAGACUACCUCGAGAUGGGCAGCGCGGCGUGCCGGCGCCGGUUCGCGGACUGGAAGCCGGCGGAGCGCGAGGCCGCACCCGCGAGGCCGAGGACGCAGAAGGGGCGCGCCGACGCGAGCAGCGGUGGCGCGCGCACUGACAGCGACUCCGACGGCGGGGACGCGAACUCGCCCGCGCCGACGACCGCGAAGAAGCCGGGCCGUGGGAGGGGCCGAGGGCGCGGCGCGGCGCGGCGGGGGGCGUGA